AUGAUGAGAACUGCUUUGCUAUUAGCUAUCGGUUUUGCUACAUCUCAGGCCUUCUUCUUCGGUGGAGGAUCAUCAUGUGGUUGUUCUGCUCCACCUGCUUGUCCACCACCACCUCCACCAUCACCAUGUGGAGGUGGAGGUGGUGGAUAUGCUAGAGCAUACUCUGCACCAACUUUCGCCGCUGGAUAUCCACAACAACCACUCCAGCAACCACUCCCAUCCUACCAAGCAGCAGCUCCAGCCUCCUUCGGAUCUUCUUACGCCGCUCCAGCUCCAUUCGCAGCCCAGCCACAAUACUUCGCUAGCCAACCAGCUCCACCACAACCAAUUGUUGCUCCACCACAAGGAUACGCGGCUCCACACAAGAGAAAUAUCAUCAAUGAUAUGGAAGACACUGGUGUAGAUCAAACCGAAGGAUAUGUGGCUCGUGUGAAGAGAGAUGAAGAAGCUGUUUUCGAUCCAAAAUGCAACUCCGAAGAUUUGAAGGCCAUCAUUAUCGCUAACAUCAACGAAAGCACCGCCGUCGCCAAGCGUCAGAUUCAAUCUGCAGCUGCCGAUGCCAUCGGUGGACGUGUUGACGUCAUCUGCUCGAAGGGAACAUUCUCGUACAUUGUGAACACUGAAUUGUAUUGUGAAACUGAGAAGGACGGAACCACUUGCUUCGCUUUCAAGCAAUCUUCUUAG